AUGAAGAUGGGAGAAGACAAGACAAGUGAAAACCAAGCACUGACCGGUGAAGGUAAAUAUGAAUGAACGACUGAACAGCAGAAAGUGGAUGUCAAAAUAAAAUAACAUCUCUGCAUAAUAUCACCUCACAUGUAACACUGAUCUUUUUCUAACAGAGUUUACAAGCAAGUGGCCUAACGGAAGUCAGGCACUUUUGCCAGUAUUUCUAGGGCUGUGGCAGCAAAUAGCAGGUCACCAGACAGACUAGGUCAUGUUCACUAUCAGUCAAAACACAAAGCAUCCCCUCACAUGUAACACUGAUCAGAAUCAGAAUCAGAAUCGGAGUUUAAUGGCCACAUGUAACAAAGUUUACAGGCAAGUGGCCUGAUAAAAAGUGUUUAGCCACUUUAUAGAGCACAGGUCAUUUGUGUUUCAACACCACUUAGACUCCAGAAAUCAAUCAUUUAUAAGUUUGGAUGAGCUGAAAUGUGAAAAGUGAGGUUUGUACAAUGCCAGUAUUGUUUUUAGGUUUAGCAAAAGCAGGGUGUACAAGCAGUGUUGAAACACCACAAUCUCAUAUAAUUAUUUUAAAAAAUACUUUUUAGGCCAUAUAUUUAUUUAUUUAUUUAUAGCAGCACAUUUUCAUGCGAUAACGCUGCUUAUCACCUAUUGAUUUGAAAAAGCACUCAGCAAUCAGUCUCAACCUCAGGACUCAAACAUGCAAUGACUCUUUUAUACUGAAAGUCUGCACAGGGCAGCUCUACCAGUGACACGCUUCACUAAGGUCAUGGGUCACUUUAUUACAGCCCAGCUGCCAAGACCAGACUAAGUCGUUAAUCCACAGCAGGUCUGAGUGCUGCUAAUAGAAGUUGGACUUUUACACUGGAGUCUUUACAUUUGCACUAAAUGAAAAGAAGUCUAGAAAACAAGCAACAAAGGAAAGAGGAAAACUGUAGGACCAACAAAGAAGUCAGAACGUUUGCCCUCUUCAUCGUUUGUCUCAUUUCCUUCCCACCACUCUGCGAUGGAGGGAACAUUCUGGUUUUCCCAUUAGACGGAAGCCACUGGAUCAAUAUGAAAGUCCUGCUAGAGGAGCUUCAUGCCAGAGACCACAGCAUCACUGUGAUCAGGGCCUCCACCAGCUGGUACAUCCCAGAGAAGUCUCAUCUCUACACAUCUGUCACUCUUCACAUGGAACAAGGCAUGGAGGACGUGUUUGGGACAUUCCUCAGUGAGCAUUUAAGGGUGCUGCUGGGGGAGGCUUCAACGAUGGCCUUCUUUAAAAUUACGAAGGAUUUCCUUCUUUUACUUUCAGAUGCCCAUUUAUUGUGGUGUGAUGCUCUUGUUCAAUUGUUCGAACAUUCAAACUUUCAAAUUCUGAGAGACUCCCAGUUUGACCUUGUUCUUACUGAUCCAGCCAUAGCUCCAGGUGUUGUACUAGCCAAGUAUCUAAAAUUGCCCAUAGUUCUCAAUGUUCGGUGGAUCACCAGUGGAGACGGCCAGUUUGCCAUCGCUCCCUCACCACUAUCCUAUAUCCCAGUUCCAGGAUCAGGCUUUACAGACAAAAUGAACUUCAUGCAAAGGGUCAAGAACUUUCUAUUUUACAGCAUUAUUUUAUUGCAGCAGAGGGUCAUGAUAGGGCCACACUAUACUGCAGUCUGCGAAAAAUACAUUGAGGGUGGAUGUGACAUCAUCUCACUUCUUCAGGAAGCAGACAUUUGGUUGUUCAGGUCAGACUUUGUGUUUGACUUCCCUCGGCCCACGAUGCCAAACGUUGUCUACAUAGGAGGGUUCCAGUGCAAACCAGCCCAACCUCUGCCAGCAGAGCUGGAGGACUUUGUUCAGGGCGCUGGGGAGCACGGAGUGAUCGUCAUGAGUCUGGGAACCUUGGUUAAUGAUUUGCCAAAAGAGGUCACAGAUGCGAUCGCUAACGUUUUUGCCAAGAUGCCUCAGAAGGUGAUAUGGAGGCACAAAGGGAAACGACCCUCUACUUUAGGCAACAACAUUCUGCUGGUGGACUGGAUGCCACAGAAGGACCUUCUGGGCCACCCACUGACCAAGGUCUUUGUAGCUCAUGGAGGAACCAAUGGAGUCCAGGAGGCCAUUUACUACGGUGUGCCUGUUCUCGGCAUACCCUUGUUCUUUGACCAGUAUGACAACCUGCUGCGUUUGCAGGAGAGAGGAGCAGGAAAGAUCCUCCAGCUAAAUGAGAUUAGCCAGAGUUUUGAGCAGAGUCUGAUGGAAGUGCUCCAUCAAGACAGCUACAGACAGAACAUGCAAAGACUGUCUGAUUUGCACAGAGACCAGCCAGUAGCGCCCAUGGAUCAGGCCGUGUUCUGGGUGGAAUACGUGAUGCGCCACAAAGGAGCUGCACAUCUGCGCACCGAGGCGUAUAAGAUGCCCUGGUACUCGUACUACUGUCUAGAUGUAGUACUACUGCUGCUGGCUGCAGUGACUCUACUGCUGCUGUCUACGGUGGCCAUGUUCAGGUUUCUUUGCUACAGAUGUCUUAGAAGGUCUAAAGCUAAACAACACUGAGUUAAAAUGUGCUAAGAAAUGUGCUAAUCUUUAAGUCCAGAGCUUUAGUGUAAAAAUAUGAAAAACUACAUCCAGAUACUAAGAAUAUUAUUCUUCUCCACCUUAUAUUCAUGUGUCUUUUUUGCAGUCUUUUUUUUGUACAUUUCAAUAUUGUUAGUAAAAUGUAAAAUAGGUUUUGUUAAAAUUGAAUUAAUUAAAUGUUGUGAUUAAUGACACAGACCUGUACACAGAAAAGA